UGGUACUUGAUUUUUACCAAAACCUUUGCUAACUGGCUUGAGGCCAAGCAUGCCAAAGCUUUUUUAGCUAAAUUCAGAGAUGUGGACUCAUUAGAGCAACUCAACCAUUUGGUGAGCCACAGCAAAUCAGACAACGCUUUUGCCAAUCUAGCUAAAGAAGGCAUGAAUGCGCUACGUAGCGCAGGCAGCUUUGGUAGCCAAAAAUUAGCUGUGGCUGGUGGUAUGUCAGAAUUUAUGACCCGCGCUAUUCGUAAUGGCAUCGAUCAAGAAUCUGCCCGCAGUGAAAAUGGCUUAACCAUCUUAGCUUCAGCGGGUUCAGCAUCGCCUUAUAUUGGCUUAUUUGGCACAGUUUGGGCCAUUUACCACGCCUUAGUCAACAUUGGCUUAAGCGGCCAAGGUACACUAGAUAAAGUCGCAGGCCCAGUAGGUGAAGCCUUGAUUAUGACCGCGAUUGGUUUAGCGGUGGCGAUUCCUGCUGUAUUUGCCUAUAACGCCUUUAACCGCCGUAACCGCAUGUGGCUGGCCAAACUAGAUGCCUUUAAUUCAAAUCAACCGCAGGCCAAGGCGGAAAUCAACGUCGUUCCACUGGUGGACGUGAUGUUGGUACUCUUGGUGAUUUUUAUUAUCACAGCCCCGUUGCUGACACACUCGGUUAAAAUUGAUUUACCUAAAGAAUCUAACAUGCCCAAUAUUACCAAGCCAGAGUAUGUAGAUCUAGCCGUCAAAGAAGACGGCACACUUUAUUGGAAUGGCGAAAUUGUACCUAAAGAGUCGCUACCA